AUGCCAUCAAAAUUCGAGCUCUGCCCAGGGAGAAUGAUUGGGGAGAACUAUCCCUGUUUCAUCAUUGCAGAGAUUGGACAAAAUCAUCAAGGAGACAUUGACAUUGCCAAGAAAAUGAUUCGAAUGGCUAAGGACUGUGGAGCCGAUUGUGCCAAAUUUCAGAAGAGUGAACUGGAGCACAAGUUCAACAAAAAAGCCCUUGAGCGUCCAUACAACUCAAAGCAUUCCUGGGGGAGAACGUAUGGUGAACACAAGCGCCACCUAGAGUUCAGCCACGAACAAUACAAAGAACUCCAGCAGUAUGCCCAGGAAGUUGGGAUUUUCUUCACUGCAUCUGGAAUGGAUGAGAUGGCCAUAGAAUUUCUCCAUGAGCUUGAUGUGCCUUUCUUCAAAGUUGCUUCAGCAGAUGGCAACAAUUUCCCCUAUCUUGAGAAUACUGCCAAAAAAGGACGGCCAAUGGUGAUUUCCAGUGGCAUGCAGUCUAUGGAGACGAUGCGACGGGUUUAUCAGACAGUGAAGCAGCACAACCAGAACUUCUGCAUCCUGCAGUGCACCAGUGCUUACCCUCUGGAGCCUGAACAUGUGAACUUACGUGUGAUCACCGAAUAUUUGAAGGAAUUCCCUGAUAUUCCUAUUGGAUACUCUGGCCAUGAGACUGGCAUUAGUAUCACCGUGGCAGCGGUUGCAAUGGGGGCAAAGGUGGUUGAGCGCCACGUGACCCUGGAUAAAAGCUGGAAAGGCAAUGACCACGAAGCCUCUCUGGAGCCCGCCGAGCUGGCCGAGUUGGUGCGCUCCAUUCGCGUUGUGGAGAGGGCACUGGGGACAGGUGUCAAACAGAUGUUGCCCUGUGAGAUGACCUGUCACAGUAAGCUGGGAAAGUCAAUUGUGGCUAAGAUGGCCAUUCCCAAAGGUGCUGCUCUGACCAUCGACAUGUUGGCUGUGAAGGUUGCUGAGCCAAAGGGAGUGAUCCCUGAAGACAUUUUUCAGCUGGUGGGAAAGAAGGUUUUGGUAGAUGUGGAAGAAGAUGACAGCAUCACUGAAGAUAUGGUUGAUGGUUAUAGCAAGAAGGUCUAACAGUG